GUGAUGUGAAUAAGGAAAGUGCUCUUCGUUAAACCAUAUUUGUGACUUCUGCUAUUUCACUAAUACCUUUCAGUCAAGAGAACAGCAUUGCUAACUUGCCUAUCACUUUAAAGUGGUAUUUGAAGGAUGUAUGUGACACAAGCAUGACUUUGUAAUUAGGAACCCUAAAAACCCACUCAGGCCUAUGCUUACUUUCUUUGAUUCAUCUGUCUUCUCUCCUGUGAUCACCUUGUGCCUCCUGACAUGGAAGGUGUGAUAGAACGGCACUGGGAAUAUAUAUCUAACCAUAAUAAGGAAAACACGAAGGUCCUAGGGGACAAAAAUGCUGACCCCAAAUGUGAAGAGAGGGAGAACAAGUUUGACUUUUCAGUGAUAUCCUAUAACAUACUUUCACAAGAUUUAUUGGAAGACAACUCACACCUCUAUAAACACUGCCGGCGACCAUUAUUACAUUGGAGUUUUAGGUUUCCCAAUAUUCUGAAAGAAAUCAAACACUUUGAUGCAGAUGUACUUUGUUUGCAAGAAGUUCAAGAAGAUCAUUAUGGAACAGAGAUCAGGCCAAGUUUGGAAUCAUUGGGUUAUCACUGUGAAUACAAGAUGAGGACAGGAAGGAAACCUGACGGCUGUGCCAUUUGCUUUAAACACAACAAAUUUUCACUCUUAUCAGUGAACCCAGUGGAAUUCUUCCGCCCUGAUAUUCCUCUGUUGGACAGAGACAAUGUUGGAUUAGUGUUGCUCUUGCAACCAAAAAGUCCACGUGCUGCCUCUCCUGCAAUCUGUAUCGCUAACACAUACCUGCUGUAUAAUCCAAGGCGGGGUGAUAUUAAGCUAACCCAGUUAGCGAUGCUACUGGCAGAGAUUUCCAGUGUUGCUCAUCAGAAAGAUGGCAGCUUCUGCCCUAUUAUCAUGUGUGGUGACUUUAAUUCUGUUCCUGGUUCUCCACUGUAUAGUUUUAUAAAAGAUGGAAAGUUGAAUUAUGAAGGUCUUGCCAUAGGGAAGGUAUCUGGCCAGGAACAAUCUUCACGGGGACAAAGAAUUUUAUCUAUUCCAAUUUGGCCCCCAAACCUAGGUAUCUCCCAGAACUGUGUGUAUGAGGUACAACAGGUACCAAAAGUAGAAAAGACAGAUGAUAAUCUGUCACAAACAAAGCUUGAAAAAGCAGAGGUUAUAGUGACAGCUGAAAAAUUAUCUUCACAUUUGCAGCAUUGCUUCAGCUUAUCAUCUGUUUAUUCACAUUACUUUCCCGACACUGGAAUUCCAGAAGUGACCACUUGUCAUUCCCGAAGUGCCAUAACUGUGGAUUAUAUUUUCUACUCUACUGAAAAGGAAGAUGUUACUGGGGAGUCAGGAACUGAAGUUUCUUUGGUUGGUGGCUUGAAACUUCUAGCUAGACUGUCACUUCUUACCGAACAAGACUUAUGGACCGUUAAUGGACUGCCAAAUGAAAACAACUCUUCAGAUCAUCUGCCGUUGUUGGCUAAGUUCAGACUUGAGCUCUGACCCUUCUUUUAUUCCCACCAUGAUUCUCUUCCCGUCUUUCCUACACUGUUUGAAAGAACAUACGGAUGUGAAGGGUUUACAUGGUUUUGUGCGCUGGAGGUUUUUUAAAGAACUUAUGUUAAAUGCUUGAAGCAAACAAUAGAAGAAAUAAGUUUACAAUAUUUCCUUUUUUAAAAAUGAAAACUAUUUUACUGACAGGUGAAACAUGAUCUUUAUUGUAAAAGAGAUGUAAA